AUGGAUUUGGCAGCAAAGUCAGGUAGCAUUGAAAUCCUAGAAAUCGGUCAACAUCUUGGUAAGAAAUGUACAAAAGAGUCAUUGUAUUGUAUUAUGUCUGGACACUUGGAAACAUUUAAAUGGGUGAUUGAAAGAUACCCAUUAUUUUUAAAAGAGAUGAUAAACGUUGACUGGUUUUUAAAACAUGCGUCAAACAAAAAGUGUACUUCUGCAAUGCUUGCAUUUGUGAUGUCAAGUUUUAUUGCUGCAAAAAUCAACAAUGUGACUGAAGAGAAUCCAAAGAUGAUCAACUUUAAUCUUGCAAUGGAAACAGCAAUUUACCAAAAUAGAUUGGAUAAUGUAGAAAUGAUUGUAGAAAUGGCCAAUCAAUAUGGAUAUAUAUUCAAACCAACACUAUUAUCAAACAUUCAUCUGAAUCCACGCCCGACACCUGAUAAAGUAGAUAUAUUCAUGUAUCUUUGUCGUGAUGGAGGUUACACCAAAUAUUUUGGAAAAAAUGUUGAAGUCUACAUGGAUGCAUUUAGAGAUUUCUUGUAUUGUGGAUUAAGUGAACCUGCUGAAAUGGUAUAUAGUAUCUUACAAGGAAUGUGUGGUAGUAAUAAGAUGGCUAGAGACAUGUACCUAAAAGAAAACAUUAUAGACUUGGCAGUUAGAGAUAUUUCUACUUGUAAAAUCAUUCUCCAACACUAUUCAAUUAAAGAGUUGCUAUUGGUUUAUAAUAGAAUUGGAUUUCAAUUUAACCGAGCUAUCGAUGAUUACAAUAAUCUAGAGUUAAUACAAUUCCUAUAUGACACAUUCAACGAUCAUUACAAGUUGGAGGUAUGGCCUGAUACUGAAAUCUGCAGUCCCAAAGUAUUCAAAUAUUUGGUUGAAAAGAAUUUAAUCAAUGGUGAUACUUAUAAAGGAAAAUCCAACGCAUAUUUCUUGUUUUGUGGGGCUGGGUUAGAAGCUGUUGUCUGGCUACACAACAAUGGAAUAGUUGAUUGUGAUAAUCAAUCAUAUCAAAAUAUAUUACAACAAAAAAAUCUAAACAAAGAUAUUUUAACAUUCAUUCAAUUCAAUUGUUAUAUUACAAAACAAGAAUAA